UCCUCGGCUGCUGGAAAACUUCUCCCACGGCAUGGUCCGGCUCUAAUUUCUUGGGCCUGCAGGACGGUUACCUUCCGCUGGGCCGCGGAGCCGCCCGCCCAGCCCCCCGAGCCUCUCAUCUCCGCAGCCCUCGAGCUGUCUGCCUAUGGCGGUGGCCGAGCUAUACACAAAGUAUAACAGGGUUUGGAUUCCUGAUUCUGAAGAAGUUUGGAAGUCUGCUGAAAUAGCAAAAGACUAUGGAGUUGGCGACAAAGUCUUGCAACUCCUGCUGGAGGAUGGAACGGAGCUGGAUUAUUCCGUUGAUCCUGAAUGUCUGCCUCCACUUCGGAAUCCUGACAUCCUUGUGGGUGAGAACGACCUCACAGCCCUCAGCUACCUCCACGAGCCUGCGGUGCUCCACAAUCUCAGAAUCCGUUUUGCAGAAUCCAGACUCAUUUACACCUACAGCGGAAUCAUCUUAGUGGCCAUGAAUCCUUACAAGCAGCUGCCGAUAUAUGGAGAUGCCAUCAUCCACGCCUACAGCGGGCAGAACAUGGGCGACAUGGACCCACACAUAUUUGCUGUGGCAGAAGAGGCAUACAAGCAGAUGGCCAGAAACAAUAAAAACCAGUCAAUAAUUGUAAGUGGGGAGUCAGGUGCUGGAAAGACAGUGUCUGCUCGUUAUGCCAUGAGGUACUUUGCCACCGUCAGCAAGUCCAGCAGUAAUGCUCACGUGGAAGACAAGGUCCUAGCAUCAAACCCCAUAACUGAGGCUGUUGGAAAUGCCAAGACCACCCGCAAUGACAACAGCAGUCGGUUUGGGAAAUACACGGAAAUUAGUUUUGAUGAGAGAAAUCAAAUCAUAGGAGCGAACAUGAGAACUUACCUGCUGGAGAAAUCCAGAGUUGUCUUUCAAUCAGAAAAUGAACGAAAUUACCACAUUUUCUAUCAGCUUUGUGCAUCCGCACAGCAGUCGGAAUUUAAACAUCUUAAAUUAGGGAGUGCAGAAGAAUUUAAUUAUACGCGAAUGGGAGGCAGUACGGUCCUUGUGGGUGUGAAUGACAGAGCCGACAUGAUAGAGACUCAGAAGACCUUCACACUGCUGGGUUUCAAGGAAGAUUUUCAGAUGGACGUUUUUAAGGUCCUGGCAGCCAUCCUACAUCUGGGCAAUGUACAGAUCACAGCAGUGGGCCACGAGAGAUCAGUAAUCAACGAGGAAGAUGGUCACCUGGAGGUGUUCUGUGAGCUCCUGGGCCUGGAGAGGGGCAGAGUGGCUCAGUGGCUGUGUAAUCGCAAGAUCGUCACAACCUCCGAGACAGUGGUGAAGCCCAUGACCAGGCCCCAGGCUGUCAAUGCCAGGGAUGCACUGGCCAAAAAGAUCUACGCUCACCUGUUUGACUUCAUUGUGGAGAGAAUUAACCAAGCCUUGCACUUUUCAGGCAAGCAGCACACUUUUAUUGGUGUUUUGGACAUUUAUGGUUUUGAAACCUUUGAGGUGAACAGCUUUGAACAGUUUUGCAUCAAUUAUGCUAAUGAAAAGCUGCAACAGCAGUUUAACCUGCAUGUCUUUAAACUUGAACAAGAAGAAUAUAUGAAGGAAGACAUUCCUUGGACUCUGAUAGAUUUUUAUGACAACCAACCAGUCAUUGACCUGAUUGAAGCAAAAAUGGGCAUUUUGGAGUUACUGGAUGAAGAAUGCUUGUUACCACAUGGGACUGAUGAAAACUGGCUUCAAAAGCUGUAUAAUAAUUUUGUCAACAAAAACUCUUUGUUUGAAAAACCCAGGAUGUCAAACACCUCCUUUAUCAUCCAGCACUUUGCAGAUAAGGUAGAGUAUAAAUGUGAAGGUUUCCUUGAGAAGAACAGAGAUACCGUCUAUGACAUGCUGGUUGAAAUCCUGAGAGCAAGCAAGUUUCAUCUCUGUGCCAACUUUUUUCAAGAAAAUCCGGUUCCUUCUUCCCCAUUUGGUUCAGCGAUCACAGUUAAAUCUGCAAAGCCAGUCAUCAAGCCAAACAACAAGCAUUUCCGGAGCACCGUGGGGAGCAAGUUCCGCAGCUCUCUGUACUUGCUCAUGGAGACCCUCAACGCCACCACUCCCCACUAUGUCCGAUGCAUUAAGCCAAACGAUGAGAAGCUGCCCUUUGAGUUUGACUCCAAAAGAAUUGUCCAGCAGCUGCGAGCCUGUGGCGUCUUAGAAACGAUUCGCAUUAGUGCCCAGAGCUACCCUUCUAGGUGGACAUACAUUGAGUUCUACAGCCGCUACGGGGUCCUCAUGACCAAGCAGGAGCUUUCAUUCAGCGAUAAAAAGGAGGUGUGCAAAGUAGUCUUACACCGGCUCAUCCAGGAUUCUAAUCAGUACCAGUUUGGCAAAACCAAAAUUUUCUUCAGAGCAGGGCAAGUGGCUUAUUUAGAAAAACUCCGGUUGGAUAAACUGAGGCAGGGUUGUAUUGUGAUACAAAAGCACGUCCGUGGCUGGCUCCAGAGAAAAAAAUUCCUCAGAGAGAGACGAGCGGCCGAGAUCAUCCAGCAAUACUUCCGGGGUCAGAAAACUGUGAGGAAAGCAGUUACUGCCACAGCCUUAAAAGAAGCAUGGGCAGCCAUUGUCAUUCAGAAGUACUGUCGAGCGUAUCUCGUCCGUAACUUGUACCAGCUGAUUCGUGUGGCCACCAUCACCAUCCAGGCCUACACCCGAGGAUUCCUGGCAAGGAGGAGGUAUCAAAAGAUGCUGAAAGAACACAAGGCUGUGAUCCUUCAGAAAUAUGCUCGGGCCUGGCUGGCCAGACGCAGAUUCCAAAAUAUCCGACGAUUCGUGCUCAACAUUCAGCUCACUUACAGAGUUCAGCGUUUGCAGAAAAAGCUAGAAGACCAGAACAAAGAGAACCACGGGCUGGUGGAGAAGCUGACCUGCUUGGCUGCCCUUCGGGCCAGUGACGUGGAGAAGAUUCAGAAACUGGAAUCUGAACUGGACAGAGCAGCCACCCACAGGCAGAAUUAUGAGGAGAAGGGGAUGAGAUACAGGGCUUCCGUGGAAGAGAAAUUGGCAAAGCUUCAGAAGCAUAAUUCAGAAUUGGAAAUACAAAAAGAACAAAUACAGCAGAAGCUUCAAGAGAAGACUGAAGAGUUGAAAGAAAAAAUGGAUAACCUCACCAAGCAGCUCUUUGAUGAUGUGCAAAAAGAAGAACAACAAAGAAUACUUCUUGAAAAAAGUUUUGAACUGAAAACACAAGACUAUGAGAAGCAGAUCCGGUCUUUGAGAGAAGAAAUUAAAGCUCUCAAGGAUGAGAAGAUGCAACUGCAGCGUCAGCUGGAGGAAGAGCGGGUCACCUCUGAUGGCCUGAAAGGGGAAGUGGCCCGACUGAGCAAGCAGGCAAAGACGAUCUCUGAGUUUGAAAAGGAGAUAGAGUUACUUCAGACACAGAAGAUAGAUGUGGAAAAACAUGUGCAGUCCCAGAAAAGGGAAAUGAGAGAAAAGAUGUCAGAGAUUACCAGACAACUUCUUGAGAGCUAUGACAUUGAAGAUGUAAGAAACAGGCUCUCUCUGGAAGAUUUGGAACAUUUAAAUGAGGAUGGAGAACUUUGGUUUGCUUACGAAGGACUAAAGAAAGCAACACGCGUUUUGGAGAACCAUUUCCAGUCCCAGAAGGAUUGCUAUGAAAAGGAGAUUGAAGCUCUGAACUUCAAAGUGGUGCAUCUAAGUCAGGAAAUCAACCACCUGCAGAAAUUAUUUAGAGAAGAGAAUGACAUCAAUGAAAGUAUCCGUCAUGAAGUUACCAGGCUAACAUCAGAAAACAUGAUGAUCCCAGACUUUAAACAGCAAAUUUCAGAACUGGAAAAACAGAAGCAAGAUCUUGAAAUCCGCCUGAAUGAACAAACUGAAACCAUGAAAGGAAAACUAGAAGAAUUGUCAAAUCAGUUGAAUCACAAUCAAGAAGAAGAAGGAACACAGAGAAAGACCAUAGAAGCCCAAAAUGAAAUACAUACCAAAGAGAAAGAGAAGCUGAUGGAUAAGAUUCAAGAAAUGCAGGAGGCCAGCGAGCACUUGAGGAAACAAUUCAAAACUGAAAAUGAAGUCAAGAGUAGUUUCCGGCAGGAAGCAUCUCGUCUCACUAUGGAGAAGAGGGAUCUUGAAGAAGAGUUAGACAUGAAGGAAAGAGUGAUUAAAAAGUUACAAGAUCAAGUGAAGACUCUAACCAAGACAAUUGAAAAAGCCAAUGACGUGCACCUGUCCUCGGGACCCAAGGAGUACCUUGGAAUGCUGGAAUACAAGAGAGAAGAUGAGGCCAAGCUCAUUCAAAACCUCAUUCUUGACCUGAAGCCCCGCGGUGUGGUGGUGAAUAUGAUCCCCGGGCUGCCAGCUCACAUCCUGUUCAUGUGUGUACGCUACGCAGACUCUCUAAAUGACGCCGACAUGCUCAAGUCCCUCAUGAACAGCACCAUUAGUGGCAUCAAGCAGGUGGUUAAGGAACAUUUAGAAGACUUUGAGAUGCUGUCCUUUUGGCUUUCCAAUACCUGUCAUUUCCUCAAUUGCCUGAAGCAGUACAGUGGAGAAGAGGAAUUCAUGAAGCAUAAUAGUCCACAUCAGAAUAAGAAUUGCUUGAACAAUUUUGACCUUUCAGAAUACAGACAGAUUCUUAGUGAUGUGGCUAUACGAAUAUAUCAUCAGUUCAUUAUCGUAAUGGAAAAUAACAUUCAACCAAUAAUAGUGCCAGGCAUGCUGGAGUACGAGAGUCUGCAGGGCAUUUCUGGCCUGAAGCCCACAGGCUUCCGGAAGCGGUCCUCCAGCAUAGACGACACGGAUGCCUACACGAUGACCUCUGUCCUGCAGCAACUGAGCUACUUCUACAGCACCAUGUGCCAGAAUGGCCUGGACCCUGAGAUCGUGAGGCAGGCGGUGAAGCAGCUCUUCUUCUUGAUCGGGGCGGUCACCCUAAACAGUCUCUUCCUGCGCAAGGACAUGUGCUCCUGUAGAAAAGGGAUGCAGAUAAGGUGCAACAUCAGUUACUUAGAAGAAUGGCUUAAAGAUAAGAAUUUACAGAACAACUUGGCCAAGGAAACUUUGGAGCCUCUCUCACAGGCAGCAUGGUUGCUUCAGGUGAAGAAGACCACUGACAGUGAUGCCAAGGAGAUCUACGAACGCUGUACCUCCUUGUCUGCCGUGCAGAUCAUAAAGAUUCUUAAUUCAUACACACCUAUAGAUGACUUUGAAAAAAGAGUGACUCCAUCCUUCGUUCGCAAAGUGCAGGCUCUCCUAAACAGCCGAGAGGAUUCAUCACACCUGAUGUUGGACACCAAAUACCUCUUUCAAGUCACAUUUCCUUUCACUCCCUCUCCACAUGCUCUGGAAAUGAUCCAAAUCCCCAGCAGUUUUAAGCUUGGCUUUCUCAAUAGGUUAUAGCAGGAGAAAAGAGCAUAAGUGCACUUUUCUUUCGGAAGCUCAGUGAAGCUCAAAUAAGAGGGAUGUGGCUUACACCUGAUUGGAACUGGAGAUGCUUUGGAAUGUGAUUUAAUGAAGAAAAUAAGAAUUCUCCCAAAUGGGCCACAUCUCCUCUUGCUCAUGGUGAUGGUGCUGCCGCUGUCAUCUUGUAAGAAUUAACACACACCAGUUGAGGUUGGAAAGGCCACGUCUACCUUUGGAAUCUCUGCCAAAUUUUACUAGAAUUCCUGCAAUACUCAUAUUUUCUGCCUGGUGCCUCUAUCUUGUGACAAGGGUCCACCCAGUGGGAGUGAGACUCUCGGGACACAGCUUAUCCUGUUUUCUAAGGUUCAUGUGAAGCCCAGAUAUUUAUGAAGCCACAAAUGGGUUCCAGGAUUGUCUUUCAAAUAAUCCCAUUCGACCAUGACCCAUCAGAAAUUCUCUCACCCUCACACUUGCUUGAUGAGGGUGGGGUGCUUCACCAACUCUUCUUACUAAAGACACUUCUGCAUUAAAAAAUAUUUAUUUCAGGCCCCUCUAAUUUUUAAGAGAAUAUUCACUUUAAUUCAAUCUGAAAUAAAUCAUGAAGUAUUUUAUGUAAAUAUUCAUUUAAAACUAAUAUAUCAUUCAAGUCUAACUCCCACAUCAUUUAACAUCUCCUCCAAAAGAACAUGUCAUUGAAUUUUCUCUGCCAACAUAUUUGCCAUAACUUUUCAUUGUUUAAUAUCUUUCAUACAAUGACUUAAAAAAAAUAGUUUGAAAAGGCAACCUAAAUGAUUUUUUCUGUCUUAUCAGCAUUCAAAUAUGUUUUAAGAUUUCCUCAUAAAAAAUAACUGAAAAAUUAUGUCAGUUCCUUCUUUUGAAAAAUCUCCCAAGUUUUGUGGGAACUGACUAUUCCUUGUUCCCCCAGGCUUCCUUAUUUCUUCCUUUCAGAGCAUAAAACAUAACUUGAUAAGCACUCCUAGCCUGUGGAUUCAGUGCUCUUCCAUACCUCCCCAAAGUCACAGGCCAUGGCUGUGAUUCUGUAAUAUGGGCAUAUAUCUUAGGAGUAGAAAUAAUAUAUGAUGAUGAAUCAACAUCACCCUUCCAAUAUGUAAUAACAUCUUCAUAUCAUAAAUGAUUUAAUUUAGUUCACUCAGAUAUAUUGUAUAUGAAGAAAUGAGAAGUAGAACUUUGUAACAUUUUAAUCAAUAAAAUUACCACAUGAUCUGGG